CGGAGCCUGUGCAAAUUCGCUCAGCGCCUGCUUGGAGCUCACAAUCUCUGUUUACCAGCAGAUCACAGGCUCGCAGCAAGCACAGCCGGCCCCACAGCCUCACAGCCCAAGAAGCCAUGGCGAAGUCCAGGCGCCCUCAGUACCUCUGGAUGUGCUUGGCUGCAGCGCUGGCUUCUUUCCUGGCGGGCUUUCUGGUGGGCUGGUUUGUCAAGUCUCUCAAAGGAACAACCACUACAGAGCGCUAUCAUCAAAGUUUGCGGUGGAAACUAGUAUCAGAAAUGAAAGCAGAAAAUAUUAAGUUAUUUCUUCGUUCUUUUACGAAACUUCCUCAUUUAGCAGGAACAGAACAAAAUUUAGUACUUGCCAAAAAAAUCCAAGCCCAGUGGAAAAAAUUUGGACUAGAUUCAGCCAACUUGGUUCACUAUGAUGUUCUCCUGUCUUACCCUAAUGAAACAAAUACUAACUAUAUAUCAAUUGUGGAUGAACAUGGAACUGAGAUUUUUAAAACAUCGUGCUUUGAACCGCCACCUGAUGGAUAUGAGAAUGUUACAAAUAUUGUGCCACCGUAUAAUGCUUUCUCACCCCAAGGCAUGCCAGAGGGAGAUCUGGUAUAUGUGAAUUAUGCUCGUACUGAAGACUUUUUCAAACUAGAAAGGGUGAUGAACAUCAACUGUACUGGAAAGAUUGUUAUUGCCAGAUAUGGGAAGAUCUUCAGAGGAAAUAAAGUUAAAAAUGCCAUGCUAGCCGGGGCCAUAGGAAUCAUCUUGUACUCAGAUCCAGCUGACUACUUUGCCCCUGAGGUACAGCCAUAUCCCAAAGGAUGGAACCUUCCUGGAACUGCAGCCCAGAGAGGAAAUGUGUUAAACUUGAAUGGAGCUGGUGACCCACUCACUCCCGGCUAUCCAGCUAAAGAGUAUACCUUCAGACUUAAUGUUGAAGAAGGUGUGGGAAUCCCUCAAAUUCCUGUACAUCCUAUUGGAUAUAAUGAUGCAGAAAUAUUAUUGCGCCACUUGGGAGGGCUUGCUCCACCAGAUGACAGCUGGAAGGGACUACUUAAUGUUACUUACAACAUUGGACCUGGCUUUACAGGGAGUAAUUCUUUCAGAAAAGUUAAAAUGCAUGUUCACAACAUCAAUAAAAUUACCAGAAUUUACAAUGUAAUUGGAAUUAUUAGAGGAUCUGAGGAACCUGACAGAUAUGUCAUUGUGGGAGGUCAUCGGGACUCAUGGGUGUUUGGGGGUAUCGACCCAACCACUGGGACAGCAGUUUUGCAAGAAAUAGCUCAAAGUUUUGGAAAAUUGAGAAGCAGGGGCUGGAGACCCAGGAGAACUAUCAUUUUUGCCAGCUGGGAUGCAGAAGAAUUUGGACUGUUAGGUUCUACAGAAUGGGCUGAGGAGAAUGCAAAAGUGCUUCAAGAGAGAAGCAUUGCUUACAUCAACUCAGAUUCAUCUAUAGAAGGCAACUAUACUCUCAGAGUUGAUUGUACACCUCUUCUUUACCAGUUGGUGUAUAAAUUGACAAAAGAGAUUUCUAGCCCUGAUGAUGGUUUUGAGAGUAAAUCACUUUAUGAAAGUUGGUUGGAAAAGGACCCUUCACCAGAGAAUAAAGACUUUCCUAGAAUUAGUAAACUGGGAUCUGGAAGUGAUUUUGAAGCUUAUUUUCAGAGACUUGGGAUUGCCUCAGGCAGAGCUCGUUACACCAAAAAUAGGAAAACAGAUAAAUACAGCAACUACCCUGUAUACCAUACUAUUUAUGAGACAUUUGAACUGGUAGAGAAUUUUUACGACCCAGAGUUUAAAAAGCAGCUCUCUGUGGCUCAGUUAAGAGGGGCGCUGGUAUAUGAGCUUGCAGACUCUAUAGUCAUUCCCUUCAAUAUUCAAGACUAUGCGAAGGCUUUGAAAGACUAUGCAACAGGUAUCUUCAAUUUAGCCAAGAAACAUGAUCAACAACUGAGAGACUAUGAAGUAUCAUUUGGUUCCUUGUUUUCUGCUGUGAAAAAUUUCUCCGAGGCUGCUUCAGAUUUUCAUAGAAGGCUUGCACAACUUGAUCUUAAUAAUCCUAUUGCAGUGAGAAUUAUGAAUGACCAAUUGAUGCUCCUGGAAAGAGCAUUCAUCGAUCCCCUGGGUUUACCAGGAAGGCAGUUCUAUAGGCACAUCAUCUUUGCUCCAAGUAGCCACAACAAAUAUGCUGGAGAGUCAUUUCCUGGAAUUUAUGAUGCUAUGUUUGAUAUUGAAAAUAAAGCAGACCCUCAUUUGGCAUGGAAAGAAGUAAAGAAACAUAUUUCUAUUGCAGCUUUUACAAUUCAAGCAGCAGCAGGGACAUUGAAAGAAGUGUUAUAAAGGUGUCAGUCAAUUGGCUAUUAAACGUGUGGAUGAAAUUUGUCAUUUUUUGAUGACUCAUGAAGCCAAAAGGUUUUAAAAAUCUGGAUUUUCAUGUCAUGGUUUAGACUUCCACUUCAUUCAUCUGCAGAGAUUUUGCUUCUUGAAUUCACGCUGAAAAAACUGAAAAUGGAAACAACUCAAAUGUGCAGUAACAGAGAAGUUGGUAAAUUACGAUAUAUCCACAAUGAAAUUCCAGUCAGCAAUAUAAAACUGAAAGAACUAUGCAGUCUUCCUGACAGAGGAUGCAUUAAUAAAGGUACCCAGAAGAGUACAUAAAGUAAGAGUAUGUAAAUUAUGAAGAUGUGGCAAAAUUGGUGACAUAAAAUCAGUGACUGGGUAGAUGGCAAGGGCAGAGGAUGGCUACAAAAACAUACCAAGUUUUCUCAGAUAAAUGAGUGUUAAGAAUGUUCAGCUGAGUAUUGCACAGGUGUAUACAUUUGCCAAACUCAUCAAACUAUAAAUUUAAAAUGUGCACAUUUUACCAUCCAAGUCCCAAUAAAAUUGGUUUUUAAAAUUUCAUUAAAAAAUAAACAUCUGUGUAGGGAAAUUAGAAUAGUGUAUCUUCUCAAGUAAAAUCAGUAUGAAACACAAACAGUUAGAAAAAGUGUUAUCUUUGCUUUAUUGAAGAAACAUUUAGGUCAAUUUGUUGAGGAAAUCUCAAAAUCUCUUACAUUUUAACACCUAUAGAAAUUGUAUCAGAAUCCGCAAGCUGCCAUGCAUAACCUCAGAAUUAUAGAAAAACAUUGUCCAGUUACUUUAUUGAAAGAAAUUGAGAAUAAAAAAUUAAGAGCUGUUACAGGCUAGCACACUAAAAAAAUGACAGUAGUUUGUAACUUACUGUUCCUUUGUUUUUUUGUCUUUAAUCAAUAGCUGACCAUAAGUAAGAGCGUGAUUUUGUGGAAUGCACUAUAUUUAGUCCAUGACAGUAGGUAUGGCUAUGUACAUCAUGUUGAACAUACAGAACAUGUGUUCUAACCUUUUUCCCCCCCAAGGGUUUCCCUUAAGCAUUUGGUAUGAGUCAGAUUUGCUAUUAAAACUCCUUUCAUCUCA